AUGACGCAGACUUCAUAUCCAUUCGAUCUUCUCCAUGCUGAGAUAAUAAACUAUGCAAAGGAGAGCGAGGAACGUCGAAACGCUGCUAAACAGGAAUGGAAACAGGUAGCGGACACUUGCGUGGAUGUUACGGAGCUCGACAAGUAUGACUCUCUUGUACAGCUGGCUUUCGCUCACAAUUCCUAUGUGACUCAGUUGGAAUCCAUGGGUUAUAGAGUAGGAUACGUGAUGGCCGAAAGGGUAUCGAAGGAGGCACCAAAGCUACUUACAGAAUUGGAGGUUGUGAAGUUCAUCUGUAAAGAAUUUUGGUCCGCAGUGUUCGGAAAGCAAGUGGAUAAUUUGAGAACAAAUCACCAGGGAGUUUAUGUUGUGCAAGACAACAAAUUUUGCACGCUGAGACCUUUGGCGGAAGGGCAACAAUUUGUUCGUGAAGCUGGCGCACUUGUUGCAUUCCCAUGUGGUGCCGUUCGAGGUGCUUUGGCAAAUCUCAAUGUGAAUGCGGAGGUUACGGCUACUGUAGAAACACUUCCUGUAGUUAAAUUCAAUAUUCACAUAGUGCAAAGGACUUAG